AUGGCUCUUGAUGAAAACACAAUGGAUUCGACAAAUCCGGCCUUGGAUUCGACAAAUCCGCUCUACAUGCAUCCAUCUGAAAGCGUUGGUUCUAUGCUUGUACCGGGACUUUUCGACGGAUCAGGAUAUAGAUCGUGGAGAAGAGGAGUUCUAAGAGCUCUCUCAGUGAAGAAUAAAGUAGGAUUCAUAAACGGGAAGUGCAGAAAGCUAGAUCCACAGGAUCCUAGCUAUGAUCAAUGGGAACAUUGCGAUGACAUGGUCACAUCGUGGAUCCUAAAUUCUAUCUCAAAAGACUUGGCGGAUAGUCUACAGUAUGUUAAUGAUGCUCAAGAAUUUUGGAAAGAACUUGAAAACAGAUAUGAUCAACAAACAAAUGGGGAAAAUUGUAUCUCAGCUUAUUCAACUCAUUUUGAUUCGGGUUCUAACUCAUAUGAAUGUUCUAGGUCUGUUACUGAUUCUUGGAUACUUGACUCUGGGGCAUUAAACCAUAUGACCUAUAAUAGAUCCAUAUUAAUCAAUGUGAAAACCUUAGUUUACCCUUUCCUGGUUACUUUACCUAAUGGUUAUAAGGUGAAGGUGACAUUGAUGGGAGAUAUAGUAAUGAGCCCUAAGUUCACUCUGAAAAGAGUUCUCUUUGUUCCAGCCCCUUCACUGAAGAGGUCUCUGGUAAUUGGUGAAAGUAAGUAUGGUCUGUAUCUCUACAAAUCAGAUUCUUGUAAGUCCAACACUUCAGAUUUCUGCAAGUCUAAUUCCCUAGUCUUUGAUAAUUCAUCUAGUGCAUCAAAUAAUGGUAAUGUAAUCACUCAAUCUACUCCAUCUAGUAUAACCAGUAGCAGUAGUGUUAGUCCACACUCUGUUUCACACAUUGCAUCUAGUUUACAUAAUUCUUCUUUCCCUACUACAUCUAGAUCACACACUUCCUCUUCUGAAUGUAAUAAGAUUGUCACCAAUUCUCAUGUGCAAUAUGAAGGAAAUAUUAGUCCUACUUGCAAUGCAUCUAUGAAUGAUAAAUAUAUGAUUAAUCUCUUGUGGCACAAUAGAUUGGGAUGUAUACCCUUUGCCAAAAUGAGAGAAUUAGCACAAGAACUAUUCCCUUCUCAUAGGUCAACAUCUAUUCCUACUUUUUCUAGUACAUCUCUAACAACAAUGUCAACUGAUCCUUCAUCACCAGGGGCAAGAGAACCUAACCCUCAUGUGACUUCAAGUUCAGAAGAACAAUUUUCCUUAUCUGAUAACAAUGAAACUCGUGAAACUCUGCCUAACAAUACUCCUAACUCAAUAAUACAUGAAUCUAGUGAAGAUUUAGGAAGGCCAUCCAGAACCCUCAAAGUCCCCACUUACUUGAAAGAUUACAACUAUUUACUACCCAAAUUACAAACAAAUCAUCCUGACUCUCCCUCUAGUAAUAACCAAAGAACCACCUCUCUUUCCUUCAAUGUAUCCAUACCCAACGCCCAAUAUGGCUCACUCAAUGUCUUGAAUUUUGAUAGUCAGCAACUGAUCAAAACUAUCUCCUAUGAGACUGAACCCAGUUCAUAUGAGGAGGUAGCUGCUAAUCCUGUUUGGCAGGCAGCUAUGAAUCAAGAGUUUGAAGCCCUUUAUGCCAAUCAUACUUGGAGUCUUGUACCUCUUCCAAGUGGAAAAAGGGCAAUAGGAUGUAAAUGGGUAUACAAGGUGAAGCACAAGGCAGAUGGGAGCAUAGAGAUUGAAAGCAAGGCUAGCAGUGAAGGGAUACACUCAAGAGGUCGGGGUAGACUACAUAGAAAAUUUUUCACCAGUAGUUAA